UCAGCCGGCAGCAGCAGCCUCCGGACUUUCACUCCCAGCUCGCCCCCCUCGCCAGCAUGAACGGGAAAGCCCUAGCGCUGCUCGCUUGUCUGCUGCUCUCGCUCUCCCUCUCGGAGGAGAAACCCGUCAGCCUGACCUACCGAUGCCCCUGCAGGUUCUACGAGAGCAACGUGGCUAAAGCCAACAUCAAGCACCUCAAAAUCCUGACCACCCCGAAUUGCUCGCUGCAGAUUGUCGCAAGACUGAAGAACAACAGUAAGCAAGUAUGCAUUGAUCCCAAGUUAAAGUGGAUUCAGGAAUAUCUGGAGAAAGCUUUAAACAAGAGGUUCAAGAUGUAAGAGGCAAGCAUUGUAAGCCGUCUACAGGAUUUCUUACUGUAGGACCCAGAGAGCAGAUAACCAGUAUUAGGGAAUGAAUGCAUUUCACUGUUAUCAUGCAGCACAAAGGCAAGGCUUCAUGCGUUUCCAAAGGCUUUUCUCUUUUUUUUUUGCACAAAUUGGCUUGCUUUCACAGUACGAUUUUAUGGAGUAAUGUGUUUAUUUUUUUUUAAAACAAUCUUUUUGUAGUUUGGUUUAUCAUCUAGCACUGGUGGCAGCGAUGAAUUUAGACUAACCCUACAGUAUAAUAUCGUUUUCCUUGCCUGUAUUAUUUAGCAAUUGCUGUUAAGUUCAUGCCAGCAUCCAAGAGUUUUUACCUAGCAGGACAUGAGCUGUGAGGUGCAAUUUGAUGGGGUAAUUCCUAUGUUCCUAUGCUCCCAAUGACUCAGCACAAAAAGCAAUGCAUUUUCCCAUUCCUGUAACCAGAGCUUGUCUGCAGCCCUACCUGAGACAGGACACAGGGCAGGAGAGCAACACUGGGGCUGGCCCAAGUCUGCACAGUAGAGCGAGAUUUUGCGAGUAUGCGUGCAGGCAAACGUUCCCAGUUCCCAGGCGGAGAUGCCUCUGUCUGCCGGUGAAACGAUCUAGUAUCCAGAGCUCCAUUUGCAACAAGGUAUCACUCAGGAGUCACGUGCCACCUCCGGCAACCCCGCAGGCCUGUUAUUUCUUCCUCUUGAUUCCCAGCUCUGUAGCCACGUAUAAAGAUGUAUGAAAUAGGAAAUGUAGAGGAAAGAUAUCUCAGCGACGGGGCAAUCUCUUUGUUACUCUGUGCACUGAGAAAUGGGGAAAACCGCAAGCAGCAAAAUAUCUGUGUGAUACCCAACAUUGUGUAUUAGGUGGGUUUCUUCCGAAGGAAUCUUCUCCUUUAUGUGGAGCUUGUAUUCUGGGCAUGCAAGGGCUGCUAUACUAAGCACUCUCUUCUGUUGCAAGUAACUUACAUGCCAAAGGACCAUUCUGUCUGUCCCAGGGAUGUCUUAUUUUCCACUUUGGUCACUGUUGCAAACUAAGUAUUCUCCUCCCUACAAAAUGAUCGUGCUAGCGCAGGAUGUGCUUCUGUGGGCACCAGGUCGCCCCAUCAGCUUUGAAGCAGAAACCAAGCAGGAGCUCUGCCUGAAAACAGUGCGGGUGAUUUGGUCCAUCAUUUUUUCCUACUACGUUGGUGCUUUUAUGUCUUGUGUACCCACUUUUGUAGGCAUUUGGGGAGUAGGGAUCCAGCACCACUGACAUCAAUGGCAGUUUUACAGCUGAUUUCAAUCGGAGCAAGAUCAGACCCUCUGUCAUUUGUGUAAAGGCAAAAAGAGCUUACGUGACCAAGAAAACCAUAGAUUAGUGCAUCUUCCAUAUUGUGUGUUUUAUCACCUAGGGGCCAGACUCCCUCCUGAUAUAGGUGUCUGCAGUUGCCAGUGACGUGGCUGGAGAGUACAUACCUGCAUCAGAGGCAGGGGUUACCCCCAGGUUUUUAAAGAUGUCCUGGAGAAAGUGCCUAUUAAUUUCUAUUCUAACACAGAAUUAUAAUCUGUCUCUCCCACCUGCUGGACAGUGACUCCUCACGCACGUUGUCUGAACUGGGCACCAGCUCAGAUCCUGCUCCCAUUGAAUCCAGUUUAGAUUGAAAUCUCGCUCUCUGACUCCGGGGUGCAUUUACCACAGCAGCGGCCCUUUAAAAUCC